GUGCAUCACGCUUCCGACUUCCGGAUAUUCAGCGUUUCUUGUGUUGGAGCAAAGCUUGAACUUUACAACUAUCAAUUCAUUAUAGUAACAGAUGAUCUCUACUAGACAGAAACACUUUCGGACUGAAGUAAUUGUAGUGAGGAAUUCUGCUACAUUUAGCGCUAAUAUACACAACCAUAAGCCGCUCAUUCAACUGCCGACGCCGGUCUCCCACUAGAAUUUCGACAACGUCAUUGUAUUACAUAACUAUAUUACCCGAAAACCCCCUGGACAGCCUCAAGUCAAAGCAGACAAAGGUGACAAGGCCUGCUGUCACUGGACUACUUGGUUACGCGCCUGUGUAGAGGAGGGACAUCACUAGACGUCAUGAUUCGACAAGGAAACAUAACAUGGACGACUACCACGACUGUGACCAAAGAUGGAAAAACCGUCAAAACCAAAGAGAGCGGAACUGGAGUGCCUGGCAGGGGCAGAUCUCCUGUCAGGGGCAGAUCUCCUGACCCUAUGUUCGACCUAGGAAUGGGGAGCACAUCCAUGGAUAACUUCCUGUCUGCCGGAGCACAGCCGAGACGGGCCUCGUCCCCAAUUUUCAGUGAUUUUGGUGCGUUCCACGAGCCCAUGGAAUUCCAUACAACCACAUUCAACACGGAAGUCAAGAAGACAGGAAAACAGAAGAAAGAGAAGAAAGAGAAAGACACAGAUGACGACCAGAAAGAGAAGAAGUCCGGAAUUAAGGAUAAGGUGAAAGGGUUCGUCUCAUCUGUGUUGACAUCAAAGCCGUCUCCCGAGGAAGAUUUGACCCAGCGGAUGGAGAGAACCACCGUUAGCGACCUCGGGCCGGUGCAAGUGUUCCUGUCCUACCAGUGGGACCAUCAGAAACAGGUGACCCAGCUCCAUGAUAUGUUGGAAGAGAAAGGCCACAGCUGCUGGAUGGACAUUAAGGAGAUGGGCGGGGGAGAUCAACUGUACGCAGCGAUAGACAAGGGCAUGAGACAGGCCAAGGUCGUCAUCAGCUGCGUCACUCCCAAGUACACAGAGUCUGCCAACUGUAGGAACGAAGUCGCGCUUGCGCACAGCCUGAAGAAAACUAUCGUGCCCGUCCUGCUGGAGAAAACGGCCUGGCCGCCAGAGGGCCCCAUGGCCAUGCCGUUCGCACAACUCUUGUACAUCGACUUUACAAAAGAACCCAAGAGGAAUCCCUGGCAGGGGCCUCACCUUGACGAACUCAUGACAAGCGUUGAGCAGAGCUUGAAGGAAUAG